AUGGGAUGCGGGGCUUUAGCAAAGAGCCAAAAGUAUCGCUCUGCAGACUCGGACAGGGACCUUGCAGACUUGUGUGUUGAGGGUGAGAAGCAGUCCAGCUCUUCCGGCGUUCAGUUUUCGACGCAAGCUCUGCGCAUUGCCAGCAUUGCGUGUGAUGCAAGUGGGGGUACCCGGGGGGCCCCGGCCUUGAGCGCCCCGGCCUGUGCUCAUCACGCUCCAGGCAUCGGCCAGCGAGAAGCCACAAGUGCAACAAGUGCAACAAGUGCAAGUUUUCUCAGAGGUGCGUCGCGUUCUCAGCGCUCUCAGCGCUCUCAGCUCGGCUCGGAUCAGCUCGAGACUGACGAGCCUGACGAGCCUGAACCAUGGGAUGUGGACGAUCUGAGCUAUGGGCCCAGCUUCGGACCAGAGGAGCUGGACGCAGACAUUCUUCGGCGCUUGACACGUUCGCCUGCUUCAUUUGUCGUGGGAGGGAUUCUGGCCAAGACCGACAACUGUGAAGUUCAUCUGGCAGCUCAAAUUUCAGACAGGACCAAGCUUGUAGUAAAGCGAGUCCAGAGAAGCCGAAGUGCACAGCCAUAUCCCACGCAUGUCAACGAGAUUAGAUGCUUGGACCGACUACGCCAUCCUUGUAUUGUGAGACUCUUGGGGGUCAUUGAGGCAGGCGACAACUUGGACAUCUUGUUGGAAUACUGCGACUCUGGUGCUCUUCGGAAUUAUGUCGAACUAGGUUCUCCUCAAAUUCCUUCCGUGCUUGCAGUGCUUCGUGAUGUGAUCUCGGCGCUGGUCUUCAUGCACACAGCGCGUUUCGCUCAUCUCGACAUUAAGCCGCACAACAUUCUCGUCAAAUCGGAGGAUACCCUGCGUGGCAAGCUCUGCGAUCUUGGCACUGCCACUAGAAUUGGGGCUUCUGGGUGUUUGCGUGGGCUAAUGGGGACACCUGGUUACCGAGCUCCUGAGAUUGACGGCGGUCUCGAGUUCAACGCUUACAAGGCCGAUGUGUGGUCCUUGGGCAAGGUUGCUGCCUUCGUGGAACAAUGUUCUGGCAGCUCUCUGGAGGUGUGCUACGACUCACUGCUGCAUGAUGAUCCACGUCAAAGACCUUCAAGCACAGGUUGUGGGCAAAUUUUCCAAAAUCGCUGCGAACAUGAUCCGUGCAGAUGCCACAAUCUGCCCUGA